AUGAGAAAAGGUGAAAAGCACGUACUGCUGCCAAAGAACCUUGAGCCAGUAACGCAGCUGUCUGUCAGUGUGGAUGCCAGCACCAAAGAGAGCCUGAAGAGAAUUGAUUGUCCCCUCUUCAAGGGUUUCUGGCAGAGGUUUCUGGACAGUUUAAAGGCCUUGUCUGAAAAGCAAGAACCCACUGUUUACAGACUGACACUGGUGAAAGCUUGCAAUGUGGAUGCACUCAAAGUCUAUGCUGACCUGAUAUCCCUUGGUAAACCAGGCUUCAUCAAGGUCAAGUCCCAGGAGCAGUACUUAGGGAAACUCAGGUUGGAGCCUUCUCAAAGGAUUCACCACACAGCAAGUCUGACAGCAGCACAGCCCUGCAAGCCCGAAGUGAGCAGCUGAAUACAGGAAAGCUCACUGAUUCCUUCCCAGCUUCAGCAGCAGAAAUGAGUUGUCAGGGAGCU